AUGAGCGACUUUGGAGCCCUACUUAGAAGAAACCAGUUCAUCCUCCUCGUGCUUUUUCUUUUGCAAAUUCAGAGUCUUGGUCUGGACAUCGAUAGUCGUCCUGCCACUGAAGUCUGUGCCACACACACAAUUUCACCAGGACCCAAAGGAGAUGAUGGUGAAAAAGGAGACCCCGGAGAGGAAGGAAAGCACGGCAAAGUGGGGCGCAUGGGUCCGAAAGGAAUUAAGGGAGAGCUGGGAGAUAUAGGAGAUCAAGGCCACCUUGGCAAGAUGGGGCCCAUUGGCAAGAAGGGUGACAAAGGGGAGAAAGGUUUGCCUGGGAUCCCUGGAGGGAAAGGCAAAGCAGGCACUGUCUGUGAUUGUGGAAGGUACCGGAAAGUAGUUGGACAACUGGAUAUUAGUGUUGCCCGCCUCAAGACAUCUAUGAAGUUCGUCAAAAAUGUCAUAGCAGGGAUUAGGGAAACGGAAGAGAAAUUCUACUACAUCGUGCAGGAGGAGAAGAACUACCGGGAGUCCCUGAGUCACUGCCGGAUCCGCGGCGGGAAGCUCGCCAUGCCCAAGGAUCAGGCCUCCAACGAGCUCCUCGCUGAUUACGUGGCCCAGAGCGGCUUCUUCCGGGUCUUCAUCGGGGUGAACGACCUUGAGAAGGAGGGACAAUACGUGUUUACAGACAAUAGCCCACUGCAGAACUACAGCAACUGGAGGGAGGGGGAGCCCAGUGACCCCUACGGCCAUGAGGACUGCGUGGAGAUGCUGCGCUCGGGCCGGUGGAAUGACACCGAGUGUCACCUGACCAUGUACUUUGUCUGUGAGUUUGUCAAGAAGAAAAAGUAG